GCGCGACUUGUCCGGACACAGGGGCUCGUUGCCCGUGUCCCUUCCCGUCCCAUCCCAUCCCAUCCCGUCUUGUCUGCUUUGAUUAUGCCAGCGCCCCGGUUGUCCUACAGAAGCAGGCCCCACUACACACUAACAUGCCUACACGAAGCGUCUUCUCCCCCUCAAUCGCCCACUCGGCCGCUCUAUUCGCUGGCUCCCUACCCGCGGAAUCUGCAGUUCCUCUCCGCUAGCCAGUACCUGCUGGAGGUGGUUAGUCGCCCCGAUCGUAGAUCAUCACUUCAUACCUUGUCUACAGAGCGAAGUAUGAGAAGUGGAGGAGAACGCUUGUCUGAGAGGCUUGGAGAAAGUGAACGUAUAUUGCAAAAACCACGCUUUCCCUCCACUUGA